AUGUCUGGUGAUACUGCUUCCAUUGCAGUCUUAAUCCUUCUCGCUUUUCUGUCUAUCAUCGUUUGUAUUUCUAACGCCUUCACCGUGUUUGUUUUCUGGGUCCAUAAAAGUAAAUUGAAACGAACAAGCUUUCUUGUUAUCAACUUGGCUGUGGCAGAUCUCCUUGUUGGACUCACAGAUACUGUAGAGGUCGGAGCAUUUGCUCUUCCAAGACAUAUCGGCUCAAACGAAACUAUUACGGAGAUGAAAGGUAGCAUUGUAGCCCCUUUUGUAGCCUCUUUCUCGUGUGCAUCUGUGUUUCUUCUUGUGCUGAUUUCCCUGGAACGAGCCUUUGCUUUGAUUUGGCCGCUUCGACAUCGUGUAACAAGCAGAGAGGUCUACACCUAUAGCGUUGUUAUAGCGUGGCUAGCUGGGAUAACUAUAGGUGUAUUCAGUUUCCUUGCUGUAGUUAGAAAAUACAAAGUGAAGUAUUUUGCAGUUGCUGCUACAAUCAUCAUUGGUUUCUCCUUGAUUACGAUUUGUGUGUCUUACCUGUCCAUCAGGAAAAGAAUUAACAACAGAACUCCUGCUAUCGACACAGAGCAUAGCAGAGUAAGCAUCGAACAAAAUUCAAAACUCUCCAGGACUCUUUUUAUCAUGAUCGGUACAUCUGCUGCUUUGUGGCUUCCUAGCGUUACAUGGUACAAUAUCAGUGUAUGGUUUCCAAGCCUGUUUCCUCAUUUUGUUGCUCACCUUUCCACAAUGGUACAUCUGACUAAUUCUCUUGUUAAUCCAGUCAUUUAUAGUUUAAAAAUGCCAGUUUUCAGGAGAAGCUAUGAAAAACUGAGAGACAAGCUAAAACUUGUCAAGCGAGCGAAAAGGUACACGGUAAAUUAA